CAGACAGAAUCUCUUAAGGUACCACUGAGUUUGUCCAGCGCUUCACUGUGUCCAACUUGAGAUGACAACGCCACCAGAUAUGGCUAUGAACGGCACUGAAGACAUGCCUCGUCAGUUCCCGAAGGUAACUUUGAGUGAGGCAGAGGAAGAGACACAGCUUCUAGCAGAGAAAGUAUAUGCAACAGCGUUGAAGGAGGAAGACAACAAGGAUGCCUUAUCACUGUUCACCAUGCCUGAGGACUGCCCAAUUGGCCUCCAGCAAGCCAAAGAGCAUGAACUGCUUAAAGAGCUGGCAGAGCAACAGUCAGAGGAGAGUACCAAGAGGAGGAAAAGCUUAAAGAUGAUUCGUUCCCAGUCCAUGUCCCUGCAGAUCCCAGUGAAUACAGAUUGGACGCGGUCAGUGGCGGCCACGCCCUACCUGUCCCCCAGCUCCACCUGCUCAUCUGUGCCAGAAAGCUGCCCUGAUUACCAAAGGGUCACUAUUAGUGGUGAUUACUGUGCUGGAAUCACAGUGGAAGACUAUGAGCAGGCAGCCAAAAGUCUAUUUAAGGCUCUGCUUAUUCGCGAGAAAUACUCAAAGCUAGCCUAUCAUAGAUUCUGCAGAACCACAGCCCAGUUCCUCCGCACUGCUGAGAACAUGAGAUGGAGCGAAGAAGACGAGGUUCUACCAGAUAUGUGCCCAUGUCCAGCUGAGGGAGAAGAUCCCUACAGCAUGGAGAACAUUCCUGAGAACCUGAAUUAUGAACUGAAGAUGAAGGAUGGGAUAGUGAAUGUUUAUGACAAUGUCAAGGCGCUGAGAGAAAAUCAGCCCCAUGACCUUCCAUACCCAGACUUGGAGACUUUUGCCAUAGACCUCAGUCACGUUCUGGCCAUGAUUGCAGAUGGACCCACGAAGACCUACUGCCACAGACGACUAAAUUUCUUGAGUUCGAAGUUCUACCUGCAUGAGAUGCUCAAUGAGAUGGCUGAGCUAAAGGAACUGAAAAGUGUGCCUCACAGAGAUUUCUACAACGUUAGGAAGGUGGAUACACAUAUUCAUGCAGCCGCCUGCAUGUCUCAGAAACACCUGCUGACCUUCAUCCAGGAAACAUAUAAGACUGGAGCUGACCGUGUGGUGAUAGACAAGGCUGGACAAAAGAUGACUCUUAAGCAGGUUUUCCACAGCCUCAACAAGGACCCCUAUGACCUUACUGUGGACUCUCUGGAUGUACAUGCAGGGAGACAUACCUUUCACCGGUUUGAUAAAUUCAAUUCCAAGUAUAAUCCAGUGGGAGCCAGUGAACUUCGGGAAAUCUUUCUGAAAACAGACAACCUCAUUAAUGGAGAGUAUUUUGCUCGCAUCAUAAAGGAAGUGGCCCAUGACCUGGAGGAGAGUAAGUAUCAGCACGCAGAGCCACGCCUUUCCAUCUACGGGCGCUCUCCAGAGGAGUGGGAAAGUCUGUCUAAGUGGUUCAUUCACCACAAAGUACACUCUCCGAACAUGAGGUGGAUCAUUCAAGUGCCCAGAAUAUAUGAUAUUUUCAAGGCAAAGAAGCUGGUGCCUAAUUUUGCCAAGAUGCUGGAGAACAUUUUCCAACCUCUGUUUGAGGCCACUGUUAACCCACAGAAGCACAAACAACUUCAUGUUUUCCUCAAAUAUGUGGCAGGCUUUGACAGCGUAGACGAUGAGUCCAAACACAGCGAUCACAUGUUCUCCUUCAGGAGCCCAAAACCAGAGCAGUGGACUUCAGAUGACAACCCUCCCUACAGCUACUACCUCUUCCACAUGUAUGCAAACAUCAUGGUCCUCAACAACCUCAGAAAAGAGCGUGGGCUGAGCACCUUUCAGUUUCGUCCUCAUUGUGGAGAAGCUGGAUCAAUCACUCACUUGGUCUCUGCAUUUCUCACAUCUGACAACAUCUCACAUGGACUCAACUUGAAGAAGAGCCCUGUGCUGCAGUACCUGUACUACCUGGCCCAGGUGCCCAUUGCAAUGUCUCCACUGAGUAACAACAGCCUGUUCCUGGAAUACUCCAAAAAUCCUCUCCGAGAGUUCCUGCACAAAGGCCUGUGUGUGUCCCUGUCCACAGACGAUCCCAUGCAGUUCCACUACACCAAGGAACCGCUGAUGGAAGAGUACGCUAUCGCCGCUCAGCUGUGGAAGCUCAGCACUUGUGAUGUGUGUGAAAUAGCCAGAAACAGUGUGCUGCAAAGUGGACUGUCUCACCAGGAUAAGAAGCACUUCCUUGGAGCAAACUAUCAGAAAGAUGGACCUGAAGGGAACGAUAUCCGUCGGACCAACGUCGCCCAGAUCCGCAUGGCUUACAGACACGAGACACUGUGCAAUGAACUCAGCUUCAUAGUCGACGCAGUGAAGUCUGAAGCUAUGAACUCCAUAUAUGAAUGAAAAGGAACU